GUUAAAACGUCCCAUUCAGUUACACACACACAAGCAUCAUUAUAAAUAUCUAUCUUAGUUAUUACUCUGCUGCUUCCAAAUAAUCUCUCCAUCAAUUCAUCGAUUUCUCCAACAAAACAGAUCGUAAAAAGCUCAAUUUCCCCUUCUUAAUUCGACAUUAAAACGACGUCGCCGGAGAAAUGCAAAGCCGGGGAUCCAGUAACCGGCUAUCAUCAUCAUCUUCCUCCACUUUCCGAUCACCAAUUUCCACACUAAUGCUCUCUAUGUUAGCUACCAUGGCCUCCUUUUACGUCGCUGGAAGAUUAUGGCAAGAUGCGGAGAACAGGGUAUAUGUGAUUAAGGAGCUAGAUCGAAGAGUUGGGAAGGGGAACUCUGCAGUAUCAGUCGAUGAUACAUUAAAGAUAAUAGAAUGCAGGGAAAAACAGAAAAAACUAGAUGCACUUGAGCUGGAGCUUGAUAGGGCUAAAGAUAAAGGGUUUAUUGCAAAUCAAUUGUCAGUAAAAAGUGGAACUAAUAAGAAGAAACGGCUUCUAGCUGUUAUAGGGAUCAUUACAAGGUUUGGCCGCAAGAAAAAUCGAGAUGCAAUACGCAGGGCAUGGAUGUCUACUGGUGCAGCUCUAAAAAAAUUGGAGGAUGAAAAGGGCAUAAUUAUACGAUUUGUGAUUGGAAGAAGUCCAAACAAAGGCGACCGUUUGGAGAAGGAAAUCGAGGAAGAAAAUAAGCAGACCAAUGACAUCAUUAUACUUAAAGAUUAUGUGGAGACUCCAGAAGAGAUUCCGAAUAAACCAAAAAUGUUCUUUAUUCACGCAGCGGAGCACUGGGAUGCAGAAUUCUAUGUCAAAGUCAAUGAUGAUAUUUAUGUUAAUAUUGAUCCCCUUGGAACAGUGCUUGCUAAUCAGUUGGAUAAACCUCGUGUUUAUAUUGGAUGCAUGAAAUCAGGCGAAGUUUUCGCUGAACAGACUAACAGAUGGUACGAACCGGACUGGUGGAAAUUUGGAGAUGGGAAAUCAUACUUUCGGCAUGCCUCCGGCGAGAUGUUUGCAAUAUCUCGAGCAUUGGCUCAUUUCAUCCUAAUUAACAGAUCAAUUCUGCGUUCAUAUGCGCAUGAUGAUGUCACUGUUGGAUCAUGGUUCAUUGGUCUUGAUGUAAAGCAUGCUAAUGAAAAGAAAUUUUGCUGCUCUCAGCGUUCAUCAGGGGCUGUAUGUGCGGCUGCAUGAUCCAGCAGAUAUUCUUAACAUAUAUGUGACCUACCCAUGUGGUAACAGAUGCCUACUUUACCUGCACGAAUACAGAUUCUCGUUGGCUACAAAUUACUGAGCUUAUGAUCUUUUUUCUGAUUAUGUGCACGAGAAGUUCAAAACUAGUUGGCAAGAGCUCAGAGGCUGGUGUAUAUGUUGAACCCUGAUAUUUUAGUUUCUGGAAGUGGGGUAUGAUUCUUUUCAGUGUACUUUGUACAUUGUACUUUAAUUGGUUACAAGAUUUUCUUAGAGACAUUGCAUCCUUCCUUUGAUGGUAUAUAUUGCCUCCAUUCUUUGCUU